CCACUGUUUAGUUUUAUCAGUGAAAGAAUUAAAAUAAUCCCCAAAAUGCCUAACGUGAAGAAGAAUAUGGAGAAACUGAAACAUCCAAACAGCAGAAAAACUCAAAAACUAGCAACAAAAAUGAAGAGAAACGAAAGAAAGGACCAAAACAAACUCGGCACUCACAUCAAACAGAAUUUAAUUGGCGAGAAAGUUCUCUGGUUCAAGGAGAGGAUUCCUGAAGAUUGUCUAGUAUUAACUAAGGAGCAGACUUUGGAGUUGAUAGAGACAUACUUUGCAAGGUUUGAUGAAGAGUUGGAACAGAUAGCUUUAAAGAAUUCUAUAGGACAGCGUAAGAAUCGUCACCAGCACGCGAGUAGGGAAGACAUCAUUAACAUCACUAAGAAGCGGGAGCAUGAUGAGUUCGAGACGUGUGGUCUGGAGAUGCCGGACGUCCUGGAUGCGGAGCAGAUGCAAGUUUUGAGGAACUGGAAUGGAGAGCUGAGGUUUCUGCAACAUUUCAAGCUUAAAAGAUUUGCGAGAAAGAAUUUAAUAUAGUAUUAAGUAGAA